AUGGAUGAAUCUGAGAAAAGAAAGGAAAGGUUGAAAGCAAUGCUCAUGGAAGCUGAAGUGUCUAAUGACGUCGAGACUUCUGCAAUGCCUGGUUGCCUUUCGAAUCCAUUGAUCGAGACACCAUCGACUAUGCAGGAUGACUUUGGAGAAGCUCCACGUUUCGACUACUAUGACCCUAUGGAAGCUUUUUCUGCUAACAAGAAGAGGGGCAACAUUCAUAACCAGACUGUGCAACAAUCUUUUACAUCGCCUACUAACAGUGGUUGGCACGCACCGUCCCAUCCCGGACCAAGGAACUUCGAUAGGGAUUUCCCUGUCCAUCAGAUGCAAAGCCAAUUUUUGCAUGCUCAAGGUGUAUACAACCAUGGUCCAUACAACCCAAGAAUAAGAAGUCCUUAA